UACGACAUAUUGUACCUGCAUCUUGGCUCUAACGAUGUUUGCUGCAAGGAUAGCAAUUUCUACCGUUGUGUGACUGAGAUCCUUGAUGUUGUAUUCAGUGUGUGCACUGAAAUACACGUGGUGCUUUGCGUGAUUCUUCCACGUGAUUUUGAUGUGAGAAUGUUUCCCCGAUGGCCACUCUCAGGGGCACAGUUGAGGAACUACUGCCAGUGGAUAAGGAGCGCAAACAGCAUGCUGUGGGAACUGAGUCACCAUGUGCCUUCUGUGAGAUACAUGGACUAUGCAGCAAAUAAACAGAAGUCCCUGUACUUGUCCCAUGAUGGACUACAUCUGAGUGCUGAAGGGGCUAGGAGGUGUUUAGCAUCCAUACAUGACGACCUGCCAAACCAGCUGUGUGUGGAGGCUGCUGUUCAAGAUCCUACAAAAUGGCCAGCUCUCUCAGCCACGGAAGUACCGGUUCAGGAGCAUGACAGCACCAUAGCACUCUUUUCGGAUAUUGUGCAGACUGGAGCUCAACCAGAGAUUCAAGACAAGGUGGAUGCAAGUGAAGUACCAGUUCCCAGGGACAUUAAGCCUCAGACACAUAAAAUAACGGUUGUCACAGCCAGAGCUAAGAGGUCUGCAACCAGAAAUGUCAAAAGAUAUGGAAAGAAGUUGGCAAAGAAAUGCCACACAAGGUCAUGCUGCAGUGGAUUUGUUUACCUUGACAUUACUGAAGAUGUGGCUGUUUUCCUGCCUGCAUACAAGUUGAAUGGCUUAUGCUUGGAAGAUGAAAUCAACGUGCCAUCCAACAUACAUUGCCACCGAGACACUGAAGAGACGCCCCAACAAGAUGACAACGCCGCAAAUGAAGAUAAAGUCAAUGUGCCAUCCCACUUCUUUUUCCAACGAGACACUGACGAGACGCCCCAACAAGAUGUAGACACUUCACAGCUUCUUCUUAUUCUUUCAAAUGACGUUGAACUUAACCCUGGACCGAUAUUCCAGACAAUACCGGUCCCUGUGGAAGCGGUUGGCUCAAGCGAGAAGAUGACGAUAAUUACAGUGAAAAUGGACUGACCAUACACGAAAGACAAAGGACAUUAAAUAUUUACACAAAUUUUGCACCUGUAAAAUGUGACAUUCAUAUACGUGAAUGCUAUAAUUCAAUUAGUAAGCCAUGCAGAAUUCUUUGGGAUGAAGGGGACUUAGAUUGUUUACAUGUAUUAAGUAGGGAUACAGCAGCAGGAGAUGAAAUAGGGUGGGAAUUUGUAUCUAUGGUUAUGAAUUCUAGUUGCACUUUUUCCUCUUACUGCCAGUUUAAAAAUGAGAUGUAUAAAACUCGCCACAAUAAGGCUAGGUUUAUGGAUCAAACAGUUUUUUUUAAUUUUUGGUUCAGUUGGGCUUCAAACAUGAAAAUAGAUUAUUCUAAAGUUGAAACUUCUGCUCGAGGAACAUCAACAUUAUUUCUUUGGUUCUGUGCAGACCAUGGACAUUGCUAUGGUUUCCACAUGACUGGGGCAGAAGGAAGAAAAGAUCCCGCAUUAUCACUCUAUAGCUAUUUAGAAACCCCUCCACAAGACGUGUUUUAUGACUUUGCAUGUAAUUUACAAGAAUAUUGCCUAAACAGAGAAAGUAGGAUACUAUAAAAAUGAACUUUUUUUCAUGACAUUUUCCAUGGCUACUCCCACAAAUGUUCUAGUGCUUUUACAGCUAGCAGACUUCAAGGCUUUGAAUCUGUAAAAUCUGAAAUAUGUGAACAAUUCAACAGCUUUAUACAGUGCAUUAAAAGGUUGGCCCGUCAGAUGUCACAGUCACUACUUUUGCUUUUACC